AUGCUGAUGAACACAGUUAUCAUUGCAGUGAUAUGUUUGGACCUCCAUUUGCACACCCCGAUGUAUUUAUUUCUCUGCAGCUUGUCUAUUAUUGAUAUGUGUUAUACAACUGUCACCAUUCCAAAACUCCUCUACAUCUUACUAUCUGGAAAUAAUACAAUGCCAUUUACACAAUGCCUUAUCCAGAUGUAUUUUGUGCUUACAGCGACCAGUGCUGAGAUCACCAUUCUACUUAUAAUGGCGUAUGACCGAUAUGUCGCAAUUUGUCACCCUUUACACUAUCAUCAGAUACUUAAUAAGAAAAUCUGUAUAUUACUUAUAUUAGUCACCUGGAUUGGUGGGAAUAUAAAUUCAUCUUUUAUUACAAAUUCAAUUUUAAAAAUGAUUUUCUGUUCUUCUGUUACCAUUCACCAGUUCUUCUGUGAUGCUAAAGCUCUCAUCAACAUUGCCUGCGGUGGUACUGAAAUGUUUUAUAUCAUCUCCUAUGCAGAGUAUUUAGUAUUUGUGUUCUGUCCAGUUAUGUGCAGCUUGCUGUCCUAUGUACAGAUUAUCAGGGUCAUACAACGUAUUACAUCUAAGGAUGGCAGAAGAAAAGCCUUCUCCACCUGUUCAUCCCACCUCAUUGUUAUGGCCAUCUACUAUGGAUCUGGUGUAUCUGUAUACAUGACACCACCAUCAGACCGCUAUGCCAUACUUGAACAGAUCUUAACCAUGUUCUACUCCACAGUGGUCCCCGUGUUGAACCCUCUCAUAUACAGUCUACGAAACAAAGAAAUUAAUAGUUCUUUGCGAAAACUAGUGUCGUAA